CACGAUUUUCAAAGCUAAGCCGGUUGCCCCAUUUUUUCGCCCCGGGUCCGAAACCUGGAUUUUGAGUGAUGCAACGGGGCGUUUGCUCUUAUCUCCCGAAUCAUGCAGGAUUCCGCUAAAUUAGAGAAUUACUUAUUGAAUCCGGUAUAGAUCGCGGAGCCAGCGUGGCUGUAGUAGUCGAGGUGACGAAACAAUCGGGGCAUUUGGAGACAUCGGAGUUGAUUGGUCAUGCCAACCUAGACCCCUCCUAGAAUGGUAACAAUAAGGCCGCUAGUCGAGUAUAAAGGUCAGGACGCCACCAAUCUUAACAACCAAUUCUAUCUAGUCCCCCAAAUCAACACACCGAAACUCCAGUUUAAGCCGAGAAUACGCGAUGCCAGCUACACUCAAGCUUUCAGAAUACCUCUUCGCUCGUCUCAAGCAGUUAGGGAUUGAUUCAAUCCACGGCGUGCCUGGUGACUACAAUCUCAAUCUAUUAGACUUUGUCGAGCCAGCGGGAUUGCAUUGGGUAGGCAAUGCCAAUGAACUGAAUGCCGGAUAUGCCGCCGAUGGGUAUGCUCGAAUUAAAGGGAUAGGGGCUCUAAUUACUACUUUUGGAGUCGGUGAAUUAUCUGCCAUUAAUGCCAUUGCCGGGGCAUAUGCUGAGCGGGCGGCCGUGGUGCAUAUCGUGGGAACUCCACCACGAGAAUCCCAAGACUCGCGGCUACUUAUACACCAUACAUUCAAUGACGGAGAAUACCGGCGAUUCGCACAGAUGCACCAACAUGUUACGGUAGCUCAAGCAAACCUUAGAGACCCUCGGACGGCUCCCGCCCAAAUUGACAGUGUAUUGCAGCAGUGUCUCUUACAUAGUCGGCCAGUUUACAUUGAGGUUCCCGUUGAUCUCGUUGCAGCGCCGGUCUCGGCGGAACAACUUAAAACUAAGAUCUCCAUUCCUAACGUCGAGCCAAAUGCGUAUCAGGAAUCGGUGAUAAGCAAGGUUAUUGACAAGAUAUAUGAAGCCAAACAGCCGAUUAUCCUCGUCGAUGGCGAGACUAGAGCGCUUGGUAUCGUCGAUGACGUAGAGAAGUUCGUUUCUCAUACCAAGUGGCCAACGUGGUCAUCAGGGUUUGGGAAAGGUCUGAUAGACGAAACACUACCAAACUUCCACGGAAUCUACAGGGGAAACUUCGACGAUCCGAAGACUCAGCGAUUUUUCAAUGACUCGGAUCUCGUUUUGUGUUUUGGGCCUCACUUCAGCACUACCAACAGCUUCGCCAGUUCCAGCAUACCGAAAACGCAAACCGCCAUCCUUUUUACAGAUACUGAGAUCCGAAUAAACACCCAAGUCUUUCGAGAUAUCCCGGCGAGAUACGCGGUUUCUCGAUUAUCCCUAAAGCUGGAUUCUUCAAGGAUAGCAUCGUACACGACAUAUCCCGAUCUUCCCCGAGACCAGUCAGACAACUUCACUAGCGUUUCCAGCGAUGGCCCCAUCAAGCAGGACCGGCUUUGGCGUAUCCUUUCCACCAUUCUCCGACCAGGAGACAUCGUACUCGGCGAAACCGGCACCGCAGGCUACGGGUGUCGAGAAAUGCCUCUUCCGCGGCACACUCGUCUAUUCACCCCGGUGACAUGGUUAUCUAUAGGGUACAUGCUCGGGGCAGCGCAAGGCGCCGCGCUAGCCCAACGCGAACUCAUAUCAUCAUCUAACUACCACGGCAUCACGAACGCGCGCACAAUCCUAUUCAUCGGAGACGGCAGCUUCCAAAUGACCGUGCAAGAACUAGGAACAAUCAUCCACAACAACCUCGACGUCGUGCUCUUCCUCAUCAACAACGACGGGUACACUAUCGAGCGCUGCAUCCACGGGUUGAAAGCCGGAUACAACGACGUCGCGGCCUGGAGGUAUCUGCAGGCCCCUAGCUUCUUCGGCGCGAGCGAGGAUACGUAUACGGCGUCUGUGCGGACGUGGGGGGAUUUGGAGAAGGUUCUGGGAAGUGGGGAGCUGGAUAGGACGAAAGGACUUAAGAUGGUGGAGAUAUUCAUGGAUCGCGAGGAUGUGCCGAAGGGGCCGCUGUCGUAUUUACUUCAGUUGCAGACGGCUGGGCAAUAGACACUGGGCACCUUUGCGCGCUAUUCGUUGUGUUAAAUCUUAAGAUCUUAUAAAUAUAGGCCCCAGAACAUAGGUUGUAAUACGGUUUUAACAUUAAAUGG